ACAAAACACACAUCAAUUCAUUUCCUUCUCUAUGCCCCUCUCUCCCUCUUCCAUGGCCUCAAUCCCACACUUGUAUCCAAACUACACCUUCACUACUCACGAUCUUUCCGACUUCCCUACCCCACACAUCACUGCCAACGCUUCACUCAUGGAGAAUUCCAUGUGGGCUGCUCAAGAUAGCUUCAUUCCUGUGCUUGAUAUCAACAAUGGUGCACUUGAUCAUAUUGUCUCACUGGAUUGUGAUACCAUGGCUUGUGCCAAUUGGAUGCCUUCCUUCUCUGACCAAGUUGGGGGGCUCUCGGACUUGGCCAUUUCAGACUGCAAAAUGGGCUUCUAUGGCGGCUUUCAGAAUUUCAACGCCAGAUAUCAGCCACAUAUUGGGGACUUUGGAGAAGAAUGUUGUGCUUUUCUCGAGGAUGUUAAGCCACCUCCAUAUCCUAAUGCUGCAAGAGAAAACUGGGGACUUCAAGGUAAUCAAAUACAAGCAGUUGAAGAGCCAAACAUAAAGGUGGGAAGGUACUCAGAAGAAGAGAGGAAAGAAAGAAUUCUGCGAUAUUUGAAGAAAAGAAAUCAAAGAAACUUUAACAAAACCAUCAAGUACGCAUGUCGGAAAACCUUAGCUGAUAGGCGAGUCAGAGUUAGGGGAAGGUUUGCAAGAAACAAUGAGCUUUGUGAUGAAGACAUGACAUCAAAAAAACACGAGAAUCAUCAUCACCACAAAGAAGACUUCUACGGUGGUGAUUCAAUCCAGUUCCAGUUAAAGAAUGAUGAGGAAGAUUGGCUGCAAGAGGCUAUGGCAAGUCUAGUUUAUUUAUCUCACUCUUCACCAGAGGAUAUGUAAGAUAGCAUGAAUGAUUAUUCCACAUGGGAAGCUGUUGUUAUAAGCAGAUGUGGGUUGAAAGGAAACUGAGUUGUGGAAGGUGAAUAGGAGGAAAAGGAGAAGAGAGAGUUUAAUUAAUUUGUAAUUGUAUGCUAAUUUGUUUUGUUUAAGGAUUAAUCACGUAGAUGUAAACUCUAAUUGCAUGGGGGUGUAACAAAGCAGAGGAGAUGUAGAUUGUUGAUGUUAAUUUUAUAGGCAUCUUUGUUAAGGAAUUGGAUGGGCCUAGUUUGACUGGAUACUUGGGUUGAUUGAAGGUAUAAUAUUCCAUACAAGGGACUUUAUGUUUGAGAAGACACAAAUAUUCCGAUAAAAAUAGCUUAUGAGUCACUAUCUCUCGAACUGUUUGGAGUCAAUUAUAUCCAUUCAUGUGAUUGUCAUCGUCAUGAUUACUGAAAGCCACUAAUCGCAAAUUCUAGUUCCCAUAUAUUGAUGGACAUUGGCCUCUCUAAAGG